GAGCACUAUCUUUCCCUCUUAAAAACCUUCAUGUUCUCUACACUAAGCUUAUAAGAAGAAACUAAAAUGGAGUCCCAUACACCCACUAGAACAGGCACCACUUUUCUCAGAACAUGUUUCAAUGGAGUCAAUGCACUUGCAGGCUUGGGCAUAUUAUCAAUUCCAUAUGCAUUAUCACAAGGAGGUUGGCUAAGUUUGAUACUGCUACUCACAACAGCUACAAUAUGUUUCUACACUGGAUUACUGUUGCAAAGAUGUAUGAAUAUAAAUGCAAAUGUUAAAACCUAUCCUGAUAUAGGGGAGUUGGCUUUUGGCUACAAAGGAAGAUUAGCAGUAGCUAUAUUUAUGUACCUUGAGUUAUAUCUUGUGGCUGUUGAGUUUCUGAUACUUGAAGGUGAUCAUUUGGAGAAGUUAUUUCCAAACACACACUUUAACAUUGCUUGGUUUAAACUUGGAGGAAAACAAGGGUUUGUUUUGCUUGCAAGCUUGGUCAUUUUACCUACCACUUGGCUAAGGAAUUUGAGUGUUUUCUCUUAUGUUUCUUUUGGUGGAGUCUUGGCUUCCAUCAUUGUAGUUGGUGCAGUCUUAUGGACAGGAGUAGUUAAUGGAAUUGGAUUUCAUGAGAAAGGAGAACUUAUUAAUUGGACACGAGUUCCCACUGCUGUUAGUGUAUAUGCCUUCUGUUACAGUGGCCAUGCUGUAUUUCCAACCAUUUACACUUCCAUGAAAGAAAAAACUAUGUUCCCUAUGAUGUUGUUCAUAUGCUUCAUCAUUUGCACUCUCAACUAUUUAUUCAUGGCAAUAAUUGGUUAUCUGAUGUAUGGGGACAACACUCAAUCUCAAAUCACAUUGAAUCUCCCAGGAAAUAAACUCACCUCAAAGAUAGCAAUUUAUAUUACUUUAAUUAAUCCUUUUACUAAGUAUGCAUUGUUGAUCAUGCCUAUUGCUGAUGCCAUUGAAGAAAGUUUUCAAGUUUCAAAAUAUAAGUUUAUUGGGCUUCUUAUUAGAACACUUAUAGUGAUGAGCACUGUAAUUGUGGCAUUAACAGUGCCAUUUUUUGGGUAUGUUUUAGCUCUCACAGGAUCAUUUUUGAGUAGCACUGCAACAAUGUUAUUGCCAUGUGCUUGUUACCUCAAAAUAUUUAAGGAUUCACAAAGGAUAGGGUUUAUCCAACUGGUAAUUAUCAUUGGUAUUAUUGUAAUUGGUACAUCAGUUGCAGUCAUGGGAACAUUCUCUUCAGUUAAACAAAUUGUGUGUAAUUUAUAAGGGUAUUGAUCAUAUAUAUUAAUUUGCUUUGUAACAUCAGUAAUUAAUGUUCUAAAUGUCUCAAAAUCUAAUUGAUGAACAAUAAAAAUAU